UCGAAAGAGGGCGACAUUUCUUAUGCAAUUUGGCAAUUUUUACGCUUCAUUCUACUAUUUCUAGCUCUAUCUAACUCUUACUGACUGGAAAUGUUUGGGCUCGUUAGCAGACCUACAAGGAGGAUCGGGCAGACGCUCUCCUACCUACAGAGGCAUAACAGCACUUUGAUCGUAGCAGAACACAACAAUGAGAGUCUUGUACCCAUCACCCUCAACGCCAUCUCGGCUGCAAAGAAGGUCGGGGGAGAGAUCUCCUGUCUUGUUGCUGGUACCCAGUGUGCAAAGGUAGUGGAAGAAUUAUCCAAAGUUUCUGGGGUAACCCGCAUCUUGGUGGCAGAGAGCGAGGAGUACAAGGGUUUUCUCCCCGAGUCUCUCACCCCACUCCUUAUGGCCACCCAAACACAAUUCAACUUCAGCCAUAUCGCAGCAGGUGCAUCCAGCUUUGGGAAGAGCUUGCUGCCGCGCCUGGCUGCUAAGCUCGACGUUGCUCCCAUCUCGGAUAUCAUUGACAUCAAGGCCCCUGACACAUUUGUGAGGACAAUAUAUGCAGGAAACGCUAUAGCCACAGUGAAGUCCCUUGAUGCCCUGAAGAUCUUCAGUGUAAGGGGUACAGCGUUUGAACCAGCAGAAGCUACAGGAGGAGCAGGAGCAUCAGAACCAGCACCUGCCUGUGAUGUCAAGAAUGACCAGUCAUCCUGGCUUAGCCAGUCGUUGUCCAAGAGUGACCGACCAGAACUGACCAGUGCUGAUACAGUCAUCUCUGGAGGGAGAGGUAUGAAGAAUGGUGAGAACUUUGAGCUCCUGUACACUCUAGCCACCAAGAUGAACGCAGCCGUGGGCGCCUCCCGAGCAGCCGUUGACGCUGGUUUCGUUCCCAAUGACAUGCAGGUUGGACAGACCGGCAAGAUCGUUGCCCCACAAUUGUACAUAGCCGUUGGUAUCUCAGGUGCAAUCCAGCAUUUAGCUGGUAUGAAGGAUAGUAAGACCAUUGUCGCUAUCAACAAGGAUCCCGACGCACCCAUCUUCCAGGUCGCUGACCUUGGACUUGUUGCUGAUCUUUUCAAGGCUGUUCCAGAAAUGACCGAGAUGCUGGACAAGUAGAGACGAACUUUACCAAGAAGAGCCAGUGCCAUUGGCAAAAAUUUCCAAAAUUCCCUGUGCACUACUGGGGAUGUAUCCCACUAAGUGCCCAUAGUGUAUUAAUAACUUGAAUACGAUCUAAACGGUGUUGCACCAAUAUCUAAUGCUGUGGAAAAUUAUUCUUGCUUCGGGCAAUGCUGAUGAUCUACAUUAUUCAUUACACGUCAAGCAGAGUUAGAGUGAAAAUAGUUUAACAUCUAAAUUUGGUAAUUUUUUAAGUUUGUGAAAAACCGAUUUGCCCAAUUUCUUGAGAAUUUGAGAAUUUAAAGCUUACAUCUAAAAGUAUUCAAUAAAUGUCCCAAUUCAACCAGUCCAUCUUUCAUUCUUUAGUUACAAAAAACAAAAACAUCCUUUUACAAGGGGUAUGAAUUACUUAGUAACUGUACCUCUUGGUCUAUUAAGGGACUAGUGUACAUUUGUACAUAAUACAACUGUAAAGUGCUUAGAGACAUCGUCCAAUGCAUUAAGCGAUAUACAAAAGCGGAGUAUUAUUAUAAUUACAAGGAGAUAUACGACUGCUGAUGUUUUGGUACUCAUGCCAAAGAGCGAUAAGCAAACCUCGUCACUUGGCCCCUUCCGGUCUUUCUCUUUCCUGGAGAACUUAUUUGCAGAUGUAUGAAGUAUCAUAUUAUAUAACAAGGACAUUUGUGUGAAUGACGUUGUUUUGCAAUAAUAAUAAUAAUAGUGGGUUCUUGUAUAGCGCUCAUGUCAGUCAGAUUUGACCCUCCUGGCGCUCCCGAUUAUUACCCUGGCUUUAGCACGGCUGCCAUACGGCGCUCUAACAUUUCAAGGAAUUAAUUCCUGCCAGGUACCCAUAGCAAAGCACGAGUUGGACGCUUAUUGACUCGGUGUUUGUCUUUUGCCAGCUGGUACUCACAAAAUUUAUUCAAGUUUUAUGAACUCUGUAUUUUGGUAUUUGAUUGAACACCCUUAUGGCUCUAAGUUCUCAACAGACUAAUAUACAUUUAUCUAUCAAAAUCCUUCCCUGUCCAAACUAUUGAACAAAGCUCACUUAUAUAAGAAAAGAUACUACCGGUUUAUGUCAUCAUUAUUAUCCUGCUGUGGAAUGUAUUGAUUGUUAAAAUGAAAUAUGUGGUCUGUAAAAGGUCCUGUUUGAGAAAAAGAAGUAAAACAAAAAAUUAAAUGAUGGACCAUUAUGCAUGUAUAAAUAAAUUAUCUGUGAUUGUAUUUUGCACAUAUGAAUGUUACAUUUGAGGUGAGAUGAAGGACGAUGUAUAGCAAUAUGUUGACAAAGAGAUGAAUAAAAUGUGAUAUUUUACCUCAA